CGCCGUCGGAGAGGGGGGAGGAGCGCUUCUCAGCGGGGGUGUCACGUGGCCGGAAGGCGCGCGUUGCUAUGGCGAGGGCGCGCGGGCGGCGGGAUGGCGCCGCGCUUCUGGGCGCUGCGGUGCUGCUGCUGCCGCCGCUUCCAGGUGCAGCAGGCCAAGCGGAGCGGGAAGUGGAGCUGCAGCGUCUGCGGCCAGCGGCAGGCGGUGCAGAAGGUUUACGGCCAGGGUUCUGGCCUGGACUGUAGGCGCCAUGUCCAGAAAUUAAACUUGCUGCAGGGUGAGGCAGAGGAAGCAAUCGGUUGGACAUCUCGGUACAUAGAAGAAUCUGUAAAUGACAACAAAAAUACAGCAGCCCAAUGUGAAGACAGUUCGGUCCAGCAGGAGAGAAGGGCGGAAGUCAGUCGCUGGAGUAAAUAUCUGGACAAGGACAGUGAAAAUGAGGAAGAUGGUGAGGAGGAGGUGGGUACAGAAAGGCAACAGUUCUGUUCCUGGAGGAAGAACACUGUGGAAGAGCAAAGGAAACACCAGAAGAGCUUCCUCCCCAGUGAUGUUCAGGAGUAUGCAGAAGAAAAUGGAGAUUUCCAGCUUGCCUACCAAGCCAAAAAGGUUAAAACCUUUGAGCGCAAGAAACGUUUAGCAGCAGUGCCUGAUCAUGGUGAUGGAGAUGCUGUUUCUGGAAACAGCAUGGUUCCUGCUGUCUGUGAGUCCUUAGUGCCUGAGGAGAAUACACAAACCCCAACUGCUUGUACCAAGCCCUCGAAGUGGGAAAAAUUUCUCUCAUGUUCUGACAGCUACAGUGAAAAUGCUGCCAGGGUGAUCUUGUCGCCACAGGAGGGCAGUGGGAGGUUGGGGCUACACAGCACCACUGCAGCAGACGCUGCCAUGGCCAGUAGAUGCCCAGAACGGGUUGGAAGAACUCUACCUCAAGGUACAGGUUUUGAAUUUAAAAAGUGUGUUGCUAGCACUGAGCAGCUUGCCUCAAAACUGCCUGGCACUAUCCUCCCCUGCACCAGUUGCUCAGUUAUGGAGGAUGCGUUGUUCAAAGAACCUCAAAGCCAGUUGGUAUGGGCAGCAUCUGAUGUCAUCAAGACCACUGCACAAAGAUGCUCUUUAGAUAGCACAAGGAGGGCAAACACCCUUGUUAACUGUAACACUGGGCCAAAGCCUAGCAGUGUUUCUUGUUCACAACUCUUCUGCACCGGUGAGGAGUUUGAUGAUGAUCUCUGAAAAGUUCUGGCAUUGCUUUCUUGUUCAUGUUUAUAAUGUGUUUGGUACAUUGAGUUCUGAGGCAAGAUUUUGAUGUGAAGAGGGCUUUAAGCCUUACAGAACUGCACUAUUAAAGUUCUUUAUUUGCUCUA